UGAGGCCGUGUCCCAAUGGGAGCACCAAUGCUCUGCAUUAUUGUUUAUUUGUUUCUUUUUUUGCACAAAGAAGGAAGAAGUAGAAGAGUCGGUUUAGAUUGCAGUCACACCAGAGUGAUCACUGAGAGGAGAGCAGGCGAACAAGACAGACAGAACGUGUUUGUGCUUCUGAGAGAUAAGAUUUUGUCUCAGUCAUCAACAAGGAUGUUCGUUCUCAUCUGGGUGACUCUGCUCUUCGCUGUGAGAAGCAGCAAUACUCAGACUGAUGUCAAUGAAUCUAGAAUCUCUAAAGAGACAACCCUAAAAUGGAGUAGUACUCUGAAACUGAACUGCAGUGCUGACGGUUCCUCUCCACGUGACGACACUGGAACGACCACAUUUGUCAUCCCUCAUGCGACAGCAGAAUCUUCAGGGCAGUACACCUGUAAAGCAACACAUCAGAAUGACACCCUGAUGAAGGAAGUAAACGUAACAGUGACAGAUAUGAAGACACCUGAAAUAACUGGAAACAUAAAGGAGGGUGAUAAUUUGAAUCUGACAUGCAAUGUUGAAAGUGACCCUCGAGGCCAAAACAUCAGCAAUGGAACUGAAACUGACUGGCAGAACAACACUGUUUUUCCACUUCUCAUCCAUAAUGUAACAGCAAAACUUGCCGGACAGUACAUCUGUACAACACAACAAAUGGACACAAAUGUGACCUCAUUGUACCCAGAGAUCCUAAGCAGCUCUGGAUGCACAACUCAGUCAGGAGUUCUGACCUGUACGUGUAUCGUUCAGGGCUUUCCUUUACCCACCAUAGAAUGGAAGUUGAACCAUAUUGUGAACUCUAUCAUUACCACAGUGUCAAACCAUACAAUCAACAGCACCUUCACCCUAAAAGUAAAAGGCCGAGGUAACACUAGUGUCGAGUGUGUCAGCAACGGGAAAGUAAAAAUGACCUUCAACAUAGACAAAGAAGAAGAAGAUUAUCUUAAAACAAUCUUAAGAAUCGUGACAGAGCUGGAAACCGCCAUUGCAUUUUUGACUGGCAUUCUUCUUUCUUCAGUCACAUGCUGUUUGAUGAGAACAUGCCGAAGAAAAAAAACGAGGACCAAGGAAAAUCUGGCUGAGGCUGGUGGACUGGAGAUGGUGACAAGUGACGGAGAUCUACUGAUAGAUGCUGACCAUGUAGUGGAAGGUAAUCAGGCCAUUGACCAAGAAGCAGCUGAAGCAGGAGGAGCUGUGGCAGCAGGGAAAUCGGACGUGGAGUACUCCAACCUUGAUUUCUCCUUGAUUAAAGACAGACAGGACGCAACAAGGGAGACACCAGGGACCACAGAGACGGAGUAUGCUGAAAUUAAAAAAGCAAUGACGGGACAAGAUGGAGAAGGUAUAGAGGAGGAUGAGGAGACAGGGCAUUGUGCGCCAGUUGUGGAGGAAGAAGAGGAUGUAGCACUGUAUUCCACUGUAAAGGAUGUAAUGGAUGACAGUUUUAAUGAGGAUAGUGCUGGUUAGUUGUUUGAGGAUGAAGUUAGAUCGGAUGUGAACAAAAUGUGUUUCUGCAAACCAAACUGAGCCGUGGUAAGAUUUAAACCAAAGAGACAUUGUUUAACUGUCAUAAUGUAGUCAUUCAUUAUUUUGUGAUUCAAAAAACUGUAACAGCACUGACCACUGUACAGUGGUUUAUAAAAGAGCAUGCAUAUUACAUGUACAAAGAAAAAAAAAA